CGAACAGCAAUGCGAAUAGUCACGAACUCACGGGUCACCAAACAUCUUGAUCACGCCGGCGAAGAGCGUGGCCCCACGAGGACCACGGUUCAGUUCGGCACUCAGAAGAUUCAAGAGUGUUGUGACAGUGGGAUGGUACCUGGCACGCUAGCGUUAGCCCGGAACUAUAUAUGCUGAGGGAAUUCAAGUGUUAUAAACACCAGCGUCGUCCUGUGCAGAGGGAGAGGUACCUAGCAUGAGCAGAUCGCAAGACGCAAGGCUCGAGCACUUGAUGCCCCAGAGGAUCUUCCAGAAGGCUUCUCGUUACUUUGUAAGAUCCCCAGGGCGCAGUUCAGAUGUUGCAGGUGACAGCACUCCUAGCUCACAGGGUGGUUAUCGUACUCCAGAGCAAGACGAUUUCUUCGAUUCAGAUUGUCCCCAACAACGCGACUAUACUGGCUCCGGCUCACGACCUCAUACGCUGUCGCGCUUUCGAAGCUUCCUGACUUCAAUCAGGAGCAUCGUCCAGACCCUCCUCCAUUUCGCAUACUGCAACAUCCCGCUCUUGUCGGCCCCAUCCUUCCCAUGCUUCUCGCAAGACCUUGAAGACUUCAGAGAGAACGUACGAAUUGCCCAGCUCAAUAGCACUGUCCAACAGGCGUGGUCCGAUUUUAUCCUUACCUCGCUGAUCACCUGGAGACGGUCCGCAAGAGAUUGCAUAUGGAUCAUCUUAGCGAGUGCAUCACUCGCAACAUUCCAAAACCGUGGAUUGAACACCCUCUUCACCGGUGCAGGAACAAUACUCCAAGUCUGCUGUUGCUGCUCUAUCGUAUGCAUCGUCCUCGUAGGGAGCAUGACACAACACUUGGUUAACAUCCGGGACCGUCGAGAAGCGGCUCGCAACUUAUAUUGGUCGACGGAGCGCAACGCGGCUUCGCCUUACGUGGCCACUCUGAUGCUGAUUGUAGCUCCGAUAGCUUGGCGGAUAUGGGCAUACGUGACAUUUGGGUUGGCCAUCGCCAGUCUUCUUUGGAGCACCUAUGCCUCUACGGAUGCGAUGGCUGAUGCUGCCGACGCAGUCUUAAAGUUGAGCAAGAACGCCACCGCACUUAUUCAAGAGCCUAUGUCGCAGGGCGCGCAUGCCGUGACAGAGAUACACCCCUCCUCAGCCCUAGUAUCUCGGCUUCUCGUUACCGCUAUCGCUAUCAUCGGGCUAUGGCAUAUAGCCUUCGUCUGCAUACAUUUCUCGCAGCUUGGUUACCCUUUUCCACCACACGAAGAUCGAUGCCCAGUGUCCGCUCGCGGAAGAGGGUGCUGCCACACCUCCGCGACACCUGAUGAGUGCCAUACUCAUAUGUCGCCGACAUACAUGGUUUGAAACCCACCUCUCCGGAUCACCUCAGUAUUUACUGAAUGUUGUAGCAUACCCGCGGCCGAGUGUUACGAUUUGUCGAGACAUUAUGUAAUACGGAUUACAUGAAC